UUCAUUUACAUUUUGCGAUUUUAUUAACACAGUUACAUUGCCACCUGAUUACAUCCUAAUUUCCCUCGACGUUACAUCGCUAUUCACAUCGAUUCCCAAAACAUUAGUUACACACAACAUAAUAAAACAAUGGGAGAAAAUCAAAGUUUAUACGAACAUAAACCUAGAUUUGUUUAUCGAAAUAGUUGAAUUCUGCAUAGAAUCAAGCUACUGUAAAUACAACGGACAACAUUUCCAACAGAUCUUUGGCACUGCAAUGGGGAAUCCCAUCUCGCCCACACUAGCAGAUUUAGUAAUGGAAACACUUUUGGACACAGUUAUACCAUUACUAACAUUCAAGCCCCCAUUCCUGAAAAAAUAUGUAGAUGAUCUUCUACUAGCACUGCCCGCGAAUCAACUAAACCAUGUAUUAGAGACUUUCAACAGUUACAACGAACAUAUUCAAUUCACCUACGAAAUGGAAAACAAUAGACGACUACCGUUUCUAGACAUGACACUGAUAAGACAAGAAAAUCAAAGCAUUAAAACAGAAUGGUAUAUGAAACCAAUCGCCAGUGGCAGAUUUUUAGACUACUUUUCGUUCCACCCGCUCCAUCAUAAAAUUAACAUGGCUAAAAAUUUCAUCAGACGAGUUGACAAGCUAUCCACUAAUCUACAGAACGAUGAUAAGGCUCGCAUCAUUCACAAACAAUUGAGACUAAACAACUACCCGAAAGCACUAAUAAACAGAUUAAUAAGCCGAAUGCAGGAAAACAUCACGGCACCGCAAGAAACACCUAGUGAAAACCUGGAAUAUACUUACCGUUCGAUACCAUACAUACCACACCUGUCGAACCGAAUCGACAAGCACCUAAAAAACGAUUACAAACACAUACGACUUGCACACCGCAACAUAAAAACAGUUAAACAGUUGUUCACAAAUGUUAAAGACCCCAUUCCACAUGAACACCAGAGCAACGUCAUCUACAACAUACCGUGCAAAGACUGCAGCGCCUGCUACGUGGGAAUGACAACAAACAUGCUUAAAACUAGAAUUAGUGGACACCGGACGCACUACAACACCUGGGACAAACUACUGCAACAAGGUUACAACGAAACAGAUACCCAAAUUAGUACACUUAAGGAAAAAACAGCACUAAUGCAUCACAGUAUCACACAGAAUCACCGGUUUGAUUUUCAACAAACAAAAAUUAUAGACAGACACAACAAACCACAAGCACUCCCGUUUUUAGAAAUUUGCCAUAUUGCCAACACAGAAAAUAGCAUAAACAAACGCACAGACACUGAGGGACUGAACACCAUAUACGCUGGUAUUAUACACUCGAUAAAGAACAUCAACCAAAACAAAACAGACAACCAUGACAGCCAAUCCACUACCACCAAAACUCAAAGCUGUACAAUCUCGCAAACACACCCUUAGCAAGCCGUCAAGAAUUAGUAGACUACAGAGGAAGACACAAAACCAACAGCUUAGAAUAUUUAUUACCCGAUUAAGUGAAAUUGCCAUAAAAGUGCUUGAAAAAAGUAAGUGCUAGAAAAAGCUUUAGAAGCUUAUACAGUGUAGCACACAAAAAUAGGUACACAUGCACCAAAGUGGGACGCCAUUUGUAAUACACACCAGACAACCGAUGUUGGACACCAACACACUUAACAAUAGAACGAUUAUCCUUUCUGUAAGUAAGCUAACACAGACAUAAAACAUAAACCAGUAACGAAAGAGGAAAACAACACACAAUGUAUAUUUUCAGACUCCUUGAAAAAGGUGAAAUAAAGUCACCGAAACUGUCGGAAUAAGAGAAAAAAACAAAUCGUUUUGCUAGUAUACACGGACUGAUUAAGCCGAUAAACCCAUCAAACUAACCGUUUCAGUCGUCAUAUAAACAAAUUCAGAAUCAUGGCCACCGUUUCAAAAGUCCCUUUCUAUCAGCACGUUGAACAAAGGUACGGCAUACACGCGAAAAACAUGCUAAAAGAAUACGCGAAUACAGUAUACAAAAUGGGCAGCAUGUUAAGCCGAAAGUCUUUCCUCAUACGAUGUCGAAAAACAGGCGUAUUCCCAGCACACAUUACAACGAAUUUCCGCUUCAUUUUCCCGUUACUGGAAGAAAACAGCCCAUUUACGAAAGAUCUGGAAAAAUGCAUCAACAGGUUCAAGAAAUCAGUUUUAAAUAUUGAAAUCAAACACACGUUUCACAAAUUGAAAAUACUAAAACAAAUACAGCAUACACUCACGGAAAGGAUAAAAAACUCAAACGUACCGAAUGAAGUAGUCGAAUCCUUUCUCAACAGUCAGACCUCCUUCGAAAACAAAUUAAUGCAAGAAAAAUCGAAAAACAC